UGAGUGAGAAGCGCUUGUGUCAACAGCGCUAAUCUUCUCCGCAGGCGGCGGUGUGUGAUAUCAACAGGCCCCGGAGACACGUCCCGUCCACGGUGUGAGUGACGGUGCCGGUUCACCAGCCGCCGCUCAACCAGACGGAUCCACGGAGGAGAAGGAGAAGAAGGAGGAGGAGGAGGAGGAGACCCGGGGACGACGCCUCCGUCUGUCCGUCCAUUCAUCUCAUCAUCCGGACCUCCCGUGUGCCCCCCUCUCUCCCUCCCCACCCCCCCACCAAAACCGUAGCAACGGAGGCGCGAGACAACCUCGGACGUGAACACGCGCGUACCGGCGGAGGAGAGGAGACGGUUCCGUCGCCUUUCAGAGCCCGGUGUGGAUGCGGGAGAGGCGGGGGAGGAAAGAGAAAGAGGAGAGCCGGAGAAACUCCUCCAGCGUCUGGCUGCGUUUUCCCGGGUUCUUCCUAGUUGCUGAUUUGAAGCUCUGAUCCUCAUAUCUGGACAGAGUAGACAGUCUCUCCCCUCAGUGAAGGGCACCAUGACCCAGGAGGGGCAGGAUCUGCCCUCUGCCACCCCACCAGAAAACCCAGUGGAGCCCAACACGACUGCAGAGACACAGAACAAGGCAGAUGAGCACAAGCUGGAGGCCACGGCAAAGCAGGAGAUAGACAAACAAGAAGACGAGACCGGAGAAAGAGAGGAUGGGGGACAAGCGGGGACACAGAGGGAAGGAGAUGGGAGGGCAGAAGUGGAGGGUGAGGUGAAGCAGGAGAGGGAAGAUGGCAUUGGAGAUGAGCAUCAGCAGGCAGAAGGGGAGGCGGAGGGAGAGAGCGAAGAGACGAGAGAGGAAGGAUGUAUGAAUGUGGAGGUGAGCUCAGCGGGGGAGGAGGCAACAUGUGAAGCAGAGGAGAUGAAAGAGGAAGAGGAGGGCAAGGGAAAUGAAGAAAUGCAGCCAUCUACAGAGGAGGAGGCAACUAACCAACAGCCAGCUGGGAAACUGGCAAAUGGUAUAGGUGUGAAUGAUGACGAGGAUGAAGUGGCUGAGGAAGAUGAGGGCGGAGAGGAGGGUGCGACGCAAACACAUUUAGACACUUUCAGCUCUAACUUCGAGACGACUGUAGAACAAGCUGACACUGAAGUGGAGGAAGAGGAGGAAGAGGUGCAGAAAGAGGGAGAUGGAAGAGAAAAUCAGGACAGUUUCAGCUCGGCGUUUGAGCAGAUUGUUGAACAGGUUGAAGUCCAGGAGGAGGAGGAGGAAGAGGAGGAGGAAGAGGAGAGACAGUUGCAGGAGGAGAGGGAGAAAAGUAGGGUGGACAACAAAGAUGGUUUCAGCUCCACAUUUGAACGCAUUGUAGAGUCUGCCCUGUUGAGGGGAGGAACCUGCUACAGCAGCCUGGACUCUCUGGACGUGCUGUCCCUCACAGAUGAGACGGACAGCUGCGUCAGCUUCGAGGCGCCACUGACGCCGCUCAUCCAACAGAGGGCACUGUUACAGGGUCCUGAACCGCUGGAGCUGGAGUUGGCAACGGUUCAGGAGCAGGAGGGGGCUGAGACUGGACCCGACGCCCCAGGUGCUGAUCUCACGGCCGGGGAGUGUGCUGUCCGUGGAGCUGGAGCAAAAGCUGGAGUAGGAGGAAGCCCGCUGAGGACCACCAUACCAGGGAGCAGGUCGGAGUUUGUGCUGAGCCAGCCUGGACGCUGGGCCAUCCCCAAUGGAUACCAUACAGACUUCCAGGGAGCCAUGGAAGGCUGUGGAGCCAUGACCAACUCUGUCAGCGAUGCAAACCUCACAGACGCGCUGUCUGACUCGGAGGAGUGUGAUUUGGGCAGUCUGGAGCAUUUGGAGCGCGGCAGCACCGACACUUUGGCCAACGGCUGCCGGCCCGACUGCGAAGCCGCCAAGAGGCUGGCCAAGCGCCUCUAUCACCUCGAGGGCUUCAAACGCUGCGACGUGGCCAGACACCUGGGCAAGAAUAAUGAGUUCAGCCAGCUGGUGGCAUCGGAGUACCUGAGCUUCUUUGAUUUCUCCGGCCUGUCACUGGAUCGAGCCCUGAGGAACUUCUUAAAAGCCUUCCCACUGAUGGGAGAGACGCAGGAGAGAGAGCGGGUCCUCGUCCAUUUUUCUCGGCGGUUCUGCCACUGCAACCCACAGACACCCACCGCUGAAGGUCAGAGUCGUGCGGGUGAAAAUGAUGGAGCCCACACGUUAACUUGCGCCCUCAUGCUGCUCAACACUGAUCUGCACGGACACAACAUUGGGAAGAAGAUGUCUUGCCAGCAGUUUAUCAGUAAUCUAGACGGCCUCAACAAUGGCAAAGACUUUCCCAAAGAUUUAUUAAAGGUCUUGUAUAACUCAAUCAAGAAUGAGAAGCUGGAGUGGGCAGUUGAGGAGGAGGAGCUGAGGAAGAGUCUAUCAGAACUGGUGGAGGAGCAAUGUGAGGGCGGGAGUAAACGUGUUGCCAGGGUAACUGACGGCAGUAACCCCUUCAUCGCCAUUCCUAUCCUCUUAAAUGCCGUCACCUACAAACACGGAGUUCUGACCCGCAAGAGCCACGCCGACAUGGAUGGCAAACGCACUCCGAGGGGUCGCCGUGGCUGGAAGAAGUUCUAUGCGGUUCUGAAAGGGAUGAUUUUGUAUCUCCAGAAGGAUGAAUACAAGCCAGAUACUGACAUUUCAGAGGUGGACCUGAAGAACGCAGUCCGGAUCCAUCACGCUUUAGCCACUCGUGCCACCGACUACAGCAAGAGAGCCAAUGUACUGAAGCUCAAAACCUCAGACUGGAGAGUGUUUCUGCUCCAAGCCCCGAGUGAGGAGGAGAUGAUGUCCUGGAUCUUCCGGAUAAACCUGGUCGCGGCGUUGUUCUCCGCUCCGGCCUUUCCUGCUGCCAUCGGCUCAAUGAAGAAGUUCUGUCGGCCAAUUCUGCCGUCGUCAUCCACUCGCCUCAACCAGGAGGAGCAGCUGCUGAGUCACGAGAGCAAACUGAAGCAGAUGAGCCUGGAGCUAGAAGAGCACCGAAAAAAUCUGCCCUCAGCUGACCCAAAAAGCCGCGAGUGGGAGGAGUACCGGCUCAAAGAGCACUACCUCACGUACGAGAAGACUCGCUAUGAGACAUACAUCAGCCUCCUUCAGGCUAAAAUCCGAGCAGAGACAGAUGACCUUGAGAAGAUUGAGGCCAGCGUCAUGGGCAGCCUGAUCAUGGAGGGAGGCCUAGCCGGACGCGAGUGCCUCCUCCGUAAGACGCAGUCUUCCCCAUCCAUCAGUCAGGCCCACGGCGGCCUGAACGGGAGGACGGCUGGAUGCACCGUCCCGGGACAGAGGAGCUGAGGAACGGGGAGGACGGAGGCGCACCAGCCCAUGACGCAACAUCCCUCCAAGCCAAACUAGCUUAAUCCUACAACUGGAUGUGUUCUUAGUAUUGUUGUUGUGGGCUCCUCCACUCCUCAGUAAGACGUCGCUAUCCUUCCCAGAAUUUAUCAACCCUGAUGAUAAGUUUCUGUCCUUGAGCAAUAGAUGAAGAAGACGAAGAGCGUGCCCUUGAUACCCAACAAUAACCCUGCCAAACCUCAGUUCUUUGAACUUUUAUUAUUGCACAUUAAAAUGAUCAUAACUUUGAUCACUAUUUAUAGCAGCAUCAUCAGUAUUAUUUUGAAAACUCAGAGUGAAGCAGUCGUCUUUAGUUGCAAUGUGUUCUUAGUUAUGAGCAGAACUCUGAGUAGUUUAUAAUGUGUCAGUACAAGGCCAGAGAGAGGACAACACAUAGACUGGUUUGUCUUCUCUGUCCUGUCCUCGUUGUUCAGUCCAGGAGUCAGGCAGUGUUUUAGACGAGCGUGGUAGAGAUGGUACUACUGUAGCAUUCUGGCCUUUUUUACACGCUCAGCCACUCACAGGUGUGUUACUGUGUGGACCUACAGUCUGGGUGGAGUGUGGUGUGUAAAGAUGCAACAUAUCUGUCCCGGAGUUACAAAAAAGAAAAAAAAGCUCAGAUGGAAUGAGUCCCUGUAUAGCAUAUUUAUUUAUUUAUUUAACUCUCUGAAACCUUUAUUCACCCCAGGAAGGGUUCAUACUGAGCGUGCUCGCCCUUUUUCGACUUCCUAACAUUCAUGCAUUUACGUACGUUCACACGGAGCCGCCACGUGGUUUAAAGUGUUCACUGAGCUGCUCCACCAGAGGAACUGGAGGUUGAGUGCCUUACUGAAGGGCACCUCGACACUAGCUGUUGAGGGAUUUUGGAGAAUGCUACUCUCGUCACUUGUCAGAUAGAUCAAAUGUCUAUUCCUGUGAUAUUCUGAGCUACGCUAACCCCAAAUACUAAAGUGUAUUUAAUUAUUCUGUUUGUUUUUAGGGAGUAAAAGAGGAGGACAGUAUGUAACUGAAGGAAAGCACUGUGCCAUGUCGUGUGUUAACCUCUUACUGCUCCUCUUAUGUCAGGACUGAGCUGAUAUGUAACAAUAUAUGGUCGAGUGUGCGGUUUCUGGAGAUCGAAGUGAAGGGCAGAAGAGGAAAGUGUGGGCAGGAGGCGUACAGUAUGAGCAGGUCAGCUGGUGUGUGCGUGCACUGGCAUGCUUUUUAAAGUGGUUCCAGUUGAGAUGCUGAAGCUGUAGGCGACCGGAAGAAGUAAAUAUAACAGGGUCAUGUUAUUGUAUUAAGCAUUUAUUUAGCUUGUUUGGUGAGAAACAAUCCAAUGUCCUUCUGCUGAAUAAGCCUACAUCUCAAUCAGGAGGGAAUAGAUGUACCUUUACCUCUUCUAACAUCCCAGCACUCUGAUUUAUACAAGGUUACAUGGACCUAUCACAGCUCCUUUGGCAAUGUACACUAUUGGGCAUUUAGCAGUACCGGUGUAAUCCUUCCACUGCCAUCCUUCCCAUUAGAUGAGGAUGUUUUUGGGAAAGCAGACGCUGGCCUAUUAUAAACAGACUGGCUGAUUGCAGAGCGUAGCAGCAGGACUGCUCAAGCUUAGUGUGCUAAAGUCACGAAACCUGUCAGCAUGGAGAGGAGAACGGCAGCAAAACAACUCCACCAGCAAAGUAGCCAUCAAAACACCCUCCACAUGAGGGUGAGGCAGAGGAGAGAGAGUUGUUUUCUAAGAAGAGGAGACUGGUUUGGUUUUCUUAGAAUGACCCUCUCUACCAGCUGAGAACAGGCAAACGGAUAUCCAGCACACAUUUCUCCAAACAAUCCAUUAAGCCUGGAAGGAGGACUGGUGUUAGGUUUUGGGGAAGCAGAGAUGUGGUGGUACCGCUGUUUGUGAGCACCUUAAUCGAUCCUAUUUCCCCUAAACACACACAUGUUCUCUCUUGCUUAUGACACAACUGUAGAUCAGUGCGUUCGGUGACCCUUCACUCAGCCCCACGUGGCAUUGAAGCAUGUUGGCGUAACCAGAGUUGUGGAUAUUGACUGUAUGAACAAUUAUGUCUUUUGCUCUGGACAUGGCACUUCUGCUGCAUUAAUAGUGACUGAUGGGAUCUGAGGUCCUCUUGGGACUUGGCUGGAAACCUGGAAUCGCAGCUGGAAUCCUGAAAGCGGAUUCUUGUACAGACCAAAAUGCUGAAACAGAGCUGAGUUUUCAGAGACGAAGUACCGUUUUCUAAAGCUGUAUUGUUAGGAUAAAUAACUGCUUUCUUACCAGGGAGACUUCCCCUUAUAGUCACUUUGGCUGUUGUGCUAACCAUUGUUUCCCAAUGUUUUAGGGUAGGCCUGUGCUGUAAUAUAGGAUUGUGGAAAAAAAAACGUUGAUUGUUAUGUUUUAUUUGAAAAAAAUGGCAACUUCGGCACUUUGAUGUCAGCAUUGGAUCUGUCUUUUUGUUUUGUUUGUAUAUCUGAACUUUUUGACAGGAUGCUCAUACUAUGUAAAGGACAUAUUUACUGAAUAUUUAGUCUGUGCUUCAUAAAGUAAGCUUUUAUACAGAG